CAUAACCUCUUCGUCCUCUUCGAUCGUCUAUCCGAAGAGGUUGUUCGUCACACGCGCGUUUUGCAUUGUACGAUCGAGUGUGUGUGUUGGGACUGGAACGUCGCACAUACAUGUACACGGUCGUUUUAAUCUAUCAAUCCGAUCCUUUUUUCCACGUCGAUCGCGUCUCGUUGUGAUAACAUGUUGACACGCGUAUCGCAUUAUCCUGCGUGUUUCGCGUUAUUCGUGAAUAUGAUCGAGCAGCGCGAGCUUAUCCGCGAGUGCAUCGAGGACCUGGAGCAUCGAGAACUUGGAGCAUCGAGGACCUGGGAGCAUCGCAGAUCUGGAGCAUCGAGGAAUCAUCGUAACGGAUCAAUCUAAAUGCUGCUGGUCUGGUGAUAAUCCGAAUGAAAAUAUGGUUCGAUGAGCAUGCCGCCACCACAAAUACGGAGGAAAAAGGGAGAGCUACACGGUAAAGGAUGGACAAUGAUAGUGGAUAUGAUGUGAGCGUUCCUUCGUCGGAAACCCGGCGGAACGACGUGAUUCUCGCCUCGCUCGCCUCGCACAAGCCGGAGUCGUCGGCUCGACUCGGACUUGGCGUAUCUGUGGGCUUACCUAGUCAUUUGGUGCGAGUACUCGAUCGCGGACGUGUUUCGGCCUCACUCUGUCUCGUGUUCGGCGAACAGGUUCAGGAUUCGCGGGACAUUGCUGCGAACACGUGUAUCGGGAUGAAGGACAUUCACGCGCAGUUUCAGAAAAAUGGCUACGUCAUUUUGGAAGACUUCUUUCAACCGGAAGAGAUUGAAGAAUUGAGAGCUUGCGGAGAAGAAUUUACAAAUAAAUUGCCACCUGAGUCGGAACGAAAAAUAUUCAAUACUAUACAGUUACAACAGAAUAAGGAUAAGUAUUUUUUGGAUAGCGCUAAUAAAAUAAGUGUUUUCUUCGAGACUGAAGCUCUGGAAGAAGACGGGAAACUGAAGGUUCAUCCAAGAGUGUCGUUAAACAAAGUAGGUCAUGCUCUUCACUGGUUACACCCUACUUUCAAAAAAUACACGUUCGACGAAAGAGUCAAAGAAGUUGCUUUCCAAUUAGAGUAUGAAGAACCAGUAGUGUGUCAGUCAAUGUACAUUUACAAAAAUCCUGGUAUAGGCUCGGAGGUUACGAUGCAUCAGGACGCAUCAUAUUUAUAUGUCGAGCCGGUGAAACUCGUAGGUUUCUGGAUCGCAUUGGAAGAUGCAACGCUGGAGAACGGAUGUCUCUGGAUCGCCCCGGGUUCACAUCAGAGCGGAGUGCAUAGGCGUUAUAUGAGAAACAAAGAUCCUAACUCUAAGGAGUUACUAAUUUUCGAUAAAGCCGCGCCCUGCUAUCCGUUAAGUAAUUUCAGACCAGUACCAGUACGCAAAGGAACUUGUAUUCUUAUCCACGGCCAGGUGGUCCACUUUUCUUAUCCAAACAAGAGUGAAACAUCGAGACAUGCUUACACCUUUCAUGUGAUUGAGACAAAACAUGUAACUUACUCGAAAGAAAAUUGGCUUCAACCACCUGCUGAAGGUUUUGCAAAUCUUUAUAAAAAUUAGGUAUAUUGUAUUAAUUGUGUUCAGAAUUAUCGCGUCCACUGUGUAUUGCGUAAUCUUCGUAAUAUUCGUUUCUUUUCUCACUACAAAAAAUAAUAUUAAUCUGUGUACAAUAGAAGAAAAAUAAAACAAAUCUUUCAUAGUUUA